AUGGAGACUGCGGGAGAAAAUGGGAAACUUGAACCCAUUACCGAUGCAGAUCUGGUCUUGAACGAAGACUUACGGCGUCCAUUCGAUGUGAUCAACGAUGAACUCGCAGCCAUGGGUGGGCUGUCCGUUGAAGCAUUUCUGAACAACGUGACGUCUGCGGUCUUCGAUGUUAACUUUCACCUUCAACUCCCCGAUUUGCCAUCUCCGGAGAAGGAAAGCCAGAAAGCUUCGAAAACUGAUGACCCAGAGGAAUCCAAGUCACCGACAGCAGCCAACGGGAGGUCGAACAGGAACCCCAUUACUUUGCUGCGUCAUGCGUGUGAAAACACAUUUGGAUCCUCAGAGGCAGUCAAAUACGAGUAUGUGGAAACAGACCCUCAAAAUCGACAAUGUAUUCUCACAAUCACCCGUCCCAAUGGUGCUACCCGUGCGUAUAAAUCAGAAGCAGGGGCAAUGCGUAGGGCCGACGCAAAAGUGCAGGCCGCCCAGAUUGCUAUCGAUAUGGGCGCGAUCGACUUCAUUUCUUCAGGAGAUGCCGAUGCGCUGAAGGCCAGGAAAGGACUUUUGCUUAAUCCCCUCGAUGCAAUCGAUGACAUGGAACUUGACGUAUCGGUGAUUGUGCCACCGAGUGCGGUACUUGCCGACAAAGGUCCCGUCGAAGAGAUAGAAGACUGCUGCAUCGAAUGGAGAGCCGGGAAAGUAAAGCCCCAUUGGGUAUAUUAUAACGAUCCUAAGAAUAAGAAAAAGCAUGGCGUUGCACUGCGGAUUGCGCUAAAUGCGCAUUUAUUUCGCUCGUAUUCUGUUGACCCUGUGCACUCCACCGCCAGAGCUGCUAAGAUUGCCUGUGCUAGAACUGCCCUUAACAAUGAUGUCUUGGAAUUUAUUCGAUAUGGAAACGGGCAGACUGAGCCUCAAAGGAUUAUCGAUGAGGGCGAAGAUGAAAUUGUGCCCAUCCGCGGAAGUACUCCAGGCCCUCCUCAAGGAUAUACUUUGCAGGAAUAUUACGAAACACUUCCGCAACCAUUUCCUGAAGACGUCGGGGAUAUGCCCGCUGCUGAGAUCAAUGGGCCAGCAUGGUUAAACCUUGCGCUCCAGUCCGCAAGGGGUGCUCGGUUAGUCGCGACGUUCGUGCCAGUUGUCGAUAGUGAACGCCAUAUGCAUGGUUGUGUCCUUCGAAUUGAAAGGCCUGGUGAAAUGCGGACGUACUUUGUCGAUCCCCAAUUUCCAAAGCGCGGGGAUGCCAGAUCAGCAGUAUGCCUGUUGGCCAUGUCUCAAGGAGUGGGCGAUUACAUUCGCGAGUUGAAGGAGGAAGCUGAGAAUAAACUUCCCGCUGAUAAACGUAAGCUUGCGGUUGAAAAGCUUCUUCCUUUGAUUGCAUCCGAGUCUGGUAAAAUUCGGUAUGGCAAUCGUCCGUUGUUCAUCUUUUCGCAAGAGAGGGAUGCUUUCGGAUGUACUAUAAAGGUUGACGUAUCUCCUGAUUCUGAUGCACCGGAUGUGCGAGAAUACUCUACGACGGCAGAAUAUCGCAACAAGGCCGACGCAAAGGCCGCAGUGACUUACCUUGCAGCUGAGGCAGGUUUAAUUGACUUACUUCGAUUCAGGGGUGGUGAAUUGCCUUCCGAUUAUGUGCCUUUCUGGGAAGCUCAGAUGAGUGGAAAUGGAGAUUACUAUGUUCCCAAGCGCAAAGAACCAGAAAGAGAAGAUGCUGAAGGUCGCAUUGGGAAGAAACGUAAGAGGACUAACAAAGAUAAUAACUCAGACGCUAGUGAGGUAUCGACACCUCGAACCAACAUGAAACCUAAGCUGGGUUCUGGAGACCACCCUUUGCCUUCGAAACCGGUCAGCCUAAUUCCAAACUCGGAAAACUUCUCUAGGAAUACUCGCUGGAAAUCGCCUCAUGCGACUGGAUCCAGAGGUCUUGGCCCAACCAACGCACAUGCAUCUGCUCCGCGUUUUGGUGGCCAAGACCGAUCUGGAAACAGAAGCGGGGGUCCUCCUGUUCAUGCUCGUGGUUAUCGUGAUGUUAGCCCCUCGCAUACAAGGCCUGCUCCUCGUGGUUAUUCUUCGUACGAUGACCGACCGCAUUAUGAUGACCGGGCACCGUACCAUGAUCGAGCCUAUUAUGAUGAACGAUCCGAGUAUAGGCGCGACCCUUCAUAUCGUCAAUCUACACCUACAUACUCCCGUCCUGAAUCUUAUGCAAAUGCAUAUCCUCCUUUUCAGCCGCCUCCUGCUCAUGGAUAUUACUCGAGUGGCUAUCCUCCAUCUCCUCCUCCACGUCAUCACCACUAUGCUGCUUAUUAUGCACCUCCUGUGGCACCACCUACUCCUCCGCAUGAUCCCUAUGGCCAUGGGCAAGGACAUCAUUAUUCAUAUCCGCCUGGCCAAUAUCCUCCUCCUUCGCCUGUGCACUAUGCUCAGACUGCUUUUCCUGUUAGUUACCCUCCCCAGACACCUGCAGUCUAUAACCCUCCUCAUCCACAGCCUAUGCCCAUGAUACCCCCGUCGCCCCCUACCAUUCCUUCACAUGAUCCAUAUUCUUUAAGAUAUCGAUCAAAUUACCCUCCUCGGUCUCCUCCUCAGGUAGAACCCUACCCUCCUCGAACCCCUCCGCAUGUACCUGCAUAUGCUUCUAACCAUCAUAGUCAUCCUCCUCCAUCUCCUCCUCAUCUUUCAAACCCUUCGUACCCACCAUCUUAUGAACUUGAGCAUCAAACUUCUGAUUCUAACAGACCUCUGAGAAACUAUCGUCGACAUAGUACAGUUGGUGAUACCUCUCGGCCUCGUGGUAAUUAUUAUUCUAAGCCACUUCCUGAAAGCGAUAACGGCUGGGCUGGCAGCAGGCAUGGUCAUAAUGCAGCCUCAGCCGGGGCUAUGAAAUCUUUGUCUAUUGAUACUGGUGAAUACAAACGCGAUCGUACUGCCUCUUCCCCUCCUAGAUUUUUUGAUCAUAGCCUGGAACGACUCGAAGCUGAACGAACAAAUUCCACUUCCGAGGUUACUGUAAAAACGGAGUCUGUCUCUGGGGAUGACUCGGUCAAGCAUACUAUGCCCCCAGCUGUGUCAGCCAGGCCUAGACUUGAACCAUCGACUUCGCAAUCAUCCGUACAGUCAUCCAACAAGUCCAACUAUGAUGUACUUAACGAAUUUUGCGAGAAAGAAAAUAUUGAGAAACCUUGCUUUUACCACCAGGUCAUUCAUGGGAAAGACGGGUCUGUUUCUUACCAUGUGUGGGCGGAAAAAGACUCCAAUCGAAUGGAGCUUCCCACAAACCACUUUUCCACAAUUGAGGAGGGUAUGGAAAGGCUCUCAAAGAGUAUCCUUUCGUAUGUUCGUUCCAAAAAGGCUCAGAAUAAAGCCUGA